AUGUGGCAGCCGGAGGUGCAUUAUUCGUCAUUUCUUGUAACAAAUAGAAAAAAUAAUAACCACUUAGUUUGUCUUCAUGUAGAGUUAAAUUUAUUUAGCACCGCGAUAUCCAUAGAUCGCUGUAAAGCCGAGCAUUUACAGCUCACAAAUGUUGGAAUCAAUCCAGCUUCAAUAUCAUUCAAUACGCUCACUAUGGAAUCGGACAAGUUCAUCUGCGUUAGAGAGAAGGUUGGGGAGACUUCUGAAGUUGUCAUCAUUGAUAUGGCUGAUCCUACUAAUCCAAUUCGGAGACCCAUAAGUGCAGAUUCUGCCAUUAUGAAUCCAGCAAGCAAAGUUAUAGCUCUGAAAGGCAAAGCUGGAGCUGAAGCUCAAAAGACUCUCCAGAUAUUUAACAUUGAGAUGAAAUCGAAAAUGAAGGCGCACACAAUGACCGAGGACAUCAUGUUUUGGAAGUGGAUUUCACUUAAUACGCUGGCUUUGGUGACCAAGGUAUCCGUUUACCAUUGGUCGAUGGAGGGCGAUUCCACGCCAGUUAAGAUGUUCGACAGGCACGCGUCACUCGUUGACUGCCAGAUUAUCAACUAUAGAACCGACCCAAAGCAACAGUGGCUAUUGCUUGUUGGUAUUUCUGCACAACAAAACCGUGUGGUUGGUGCAAUGCAGCUGUAUUCCGUGGAGCGCAAGUGCUCACAGCCGAUCGAGGGACACGCGGCAUCCUUUGCCACAUUCAAAGCCGAGGGCAACGCGGAGCCAUCUACCCUCUUCUGUUUCGCAGUAAGGACCGCUCAAGGAGGCAAAUUGCAUAUUAUUGAGGUUGGUCAAACACCCGCCGGCAACCAACCGUUCCCCAAGAAAGCCGUCGACGUGUUCUUUCCUCCCGAAGCGCAAAACGACUUCCCAGUCGCCAUGCAAGUGUCGCCGAAGUAUGACGUCAUUUACCUUAUAACCAAGUAUGGCUACAUCCACAUGUAUGACAUAGAGACUGGAACCUGUAUUUAUAUGAAUCGGAUUUCUUCAGACACGAUAUUUGUUACUGCGCCUCAUGAAGCCACUGGUGGAAUUAUUGGUGUUAAUCGCAAGGGGCAAGUGCUGUCAGUAACAGUAGAGGAGGACUCUAUUGUGCCGUACAUUAACACUGUGCUUCAGAACCCAGAACUAGCACUUAGACUGGCCGUGAGAAACAACCUCGCUGGCGCUGAGGAACUGUUUGUGCGCAAGUUUAACAUGCUGUUUACAAAUGGACAAUAUGGAGAGGCUGCUAAGGUAGCGGCCAUGGCUCCAAGAGGCAUACUCCGCACGCCACAAACAAUUCAACGUUUCCAACAAGUACCCACCCAGCCCGGUCAGACUUCACCCUUGCUGCAGUACUUUGGUAUUCUACUGGACCAGGCACAAUUGAAUAAGUUCGAGUCACUGGAACUUUGUCGUCCUGUUUUGUUGCAGGGUCGUAAACAACUUCUUGAGAAAUGGCUAAAAGAAGAGAAACUAGAGUGCUCGGAAGAGCUCGGAGAUCUUGUGAAACAAGUAGACCCAACUUUAGCUCUGUCGGUGUACCUUCGCGCCAACGUGGCUAGUAAAGUUAUUCAGUGCUUUGCUGAGACUGGCCAGUUCCAGAAAAUUGUGCUCUAUGCCAAGAAGGUUGGCUAUACACCAGACUACAUAUACCUCCUCCGUUCCGUCAUGAGAACAAACCCUGAACAGGGUGCUGGAUUUGCUGGGAUGCUUGUUGCGGAAGACCCCCCUCUUGCUGAUAUAAACCAAAUUGUUGAUGUGUUCAUGGAACAGAAUAUGGUGCAGCAGUGUACGGCGUUCUUGUUGGACGCACUUAAGAAUAAUCGCCCCGAAGAAGGACCCUUGCAGACGAGGCUCCUGGAGAUGAAUCUGAUGUCAGCGCCGCAGGUGGCGGACGCGAUCCUCGGCAACGGCAUGUUCACGCACUACGACCGCGCGCACGUGGCGCAGCUGUGCGAGAAAGCCGGCCUGCUGCAGCGCGCGCUCGAGCACUACACCGACCUCUACGACAUCAAGCGCGCCGUGGUCCACACCCAUUUACUGUCAGCAGAUUGGCUUGUUACUUACUUUGGCACACUUUCUGUAGAAGACUCUCUUGAAUGCCUCAAGGCAAUGCUUCAGGCGAAUAUUCGUCAGAACCUUCAGAUCUGCGUUCAGAUCGCGACAAAAUACCAUGAGCAACUUACAACCAAAGCUCUUAUUGAAUUAUUUGAAAGCUUCAAAACUUAUGAGGGUUUGUUCUAUUUCCUGGGCUCAAUAGUCAACUUCAGUCAAGAUCCAGAAGUCCACUUCAAGUAUAUUCAGGCGGCCUGCAAGACAGGACAGAUAAAGGAGGUAGAACGCAUUUGUCGCGAAUCGAACUGCUACAACGCGGAGCGUGUCAAAAACUUCCUUAAAGAAGCUAAACUGCCUGAUCAAUUGCCGCUCAUCAUAGUUUGUGAUCGCUUCGAUUUUGUGCACGACCUAGUGCUCUACUUGUACAGGAACAGUCUGCAAAAGUACAUCGAGAUCUAUGUACAGAAGGUCAAUCCCUCCAGGUUGCCAGUAGUUGUGGGUGGCCUUCUCGAUGUAGAUUGCGCCGAAGAUAUCAUUAAGAAUCUGAUAUUGGUAGUUCGAGGACAAUUCUCAACUGAUGAACUGGUAGCCGAAGUGGAGAAGAGAAACAGAUUGAAACUCCUUCUGCCAUGGUUGGAAACUCGCGUCCAUGAAGGCUGCACUGAGCCGGCAACACACAAUGCUCUGGCUAAGAUCUAUAUUGAUUCUAAUAACAACCCGGAAAGAUUCCUUAAAGAGAACCAAUGGUACGACUCGCGCGUGGUGGGGCGCUACUGCGAGAAGCGCGACCCGCACCUGGCGUGCGUGGCGUACGAGCGCGGGCAGUGCGACCGCGAGCUGAUCGCCGUGUGCAACGACAACUCGCUGUUCAAGACGCAGGCGCGCUACCUGGUGCGCCGCCGCGACCAGGACCUCUGGCUUGAGGUGCUCGCCGAGUCCAACCCCUACAAGCGCCAACUCAUCGACCAGGUUGUACAAACAGCACUAUCUGAAACUCAAGACCCUGAAGAUAUCUCUGUAACAGUGAAGGCUUUCAUGACAGCAGACUUACCGAAUGAACUGAUUGAGUUGCUUGAGAAGAUUGUACUUGAUAAUUCUGUAUUCUCUGAUCACAGAAACCUUCAAAACUUGCUUAUACUUACAGCAAUUAAGGCGGAUCGUAGUCGCGUAAUGGAGUACAUCAACCGCUUAGACAAUUACGAUGCUCCUGAUAUUGCAAACAUCGCAAUCAACAAUGAGCUGUAUGAGGAGGCCUUUGCUAUCUUUAAAAAAUUCGAUGUUAAUACUUCGGCUAUACAGGUGUUGAUAGAACAAGUGAAGGACCUCAAACGCGCAUACGAAUUUGCCGAGCGCUGCAAUGAGCCGGGUGUGUGGUCGCAACUGGCCAAAGCACAGCUGCAGCAAGGCCUAGUGAAGGAGGCCAUUGAUUCUUACAUCAAAGCUGACGACCCUUCAGCUUACAUGGAUGUAGUGGAUACUGCCACUAAGCAGCAAUCUUGGGAAGACCUUGUGAGGUAUUUGCAGAUGGCACGCAAGAAGGCACGCGAAUCCUACAUUGAAUCGGAACUUAUUUACGCGUAUGCACGCACUGGACGUUUGGCUGACUUGGAAGAGUUCAUCUCUGGGCCUAACCAUGCUGACAUACAAAAGAUUGGUGACCGGUGUUUUGAAGACAAAAUGUACAAUGCAGCAAAACUGCUUUACAACAAUGUCAGUAACUUUGCCCGAUUGGCUAUUACCCUGGUGCAUCUGAAGGAAUUCCAAGGUGCGGUUGAUAGUGCGCGCAAAGCGAACUCGACUCGCACGUGGAAGGAAGUUUGCUUUGCGUGUGUGGACGCAGGCGAGUUUAGACUGGCACAGAUGUGCGGUCUGCACAUUGUUGUGCAUGCUGAUGAACUGGAGGAUCUCAUCAAUUAUUAUCAGGACCGAGGGCACUUUGAUGAGCUCAUCAGCUUGUUGGAGGCAGCUCUAGGGUUAGAACGCGCCCACAUGGGUAUGUUCACCGAGUUGGCCAUCCUCUACUCAAAGUACAAGCCAGCCAAAAUGCGCGAGCACUUGGAACUCUUCUGGUCGCGAGUCAAUAUUCCAAAGGUUUUACGAGCAGCAGAACAUGCGCAUUUGUGGUCAGAGCUAGUGUUCCUAUAUGACAAGUACGAAGAGUACGACAAUGCGGCUCUUACUAUGAUGCAACAUCCAACCGAAGCCUGGCGUGAAGGACACUUUAAGGAUAUUAUUACCAAGGUUGCAAACAUGGAGCUGUAUUACAAAGCCAUCCAGUUUUACCUCGACUACAAACCACUGCUACUUAACGACCUACUGUUGGUAUUGGCACCACGCAUGGACCACACCCGAGCAGUUAACUUCUUUACCAAGGCUGGUCAUCUUCAGCUAGUGAAGGCCUAUCUGAGAUCUGUGCAGAGCUUAAACAAUAAGGCUGUGAAUGAAGCACUUAACUCUUUGCUUAUUGAUGAAGAAGAUUACCAGGGUCUGAGAACGUCCAUUGAUGCAUUCGACAAUUUCGACACGAUCGCUUUGGCACAACAAUUAGAAAAACACGAGCUUACUGAGUUCAGAAGGAUUGCUGCUUACCUUUACAAAGGCAACAACAGAUGGAAGCAAAGUGUGGAACUGUGCAAGAAGGACGCCUUGUAUGCCGAUGCUAUGGAAUACGCCGCCGAGUCCCGGCAGCCCGAGGUCGCGGAGGAACUGCUUAACUGGUUCCUUGAACGAGAUAAUUAUGAAUGUUUCUCUGCCUGUUUAUACCAGUGUUACGAUUUAUUGAAACCUGAUAUUGUUAUUGAACUGGCAUGGAGGCAUAACAUAAUGGACUUUGCUAUGCCAUUCCUCAUCCAAACUGUUAGAGAAUUGACCACAAAAGUGGAGAAGCUCGAGGAAGCAGAUGCAAAGCGCAGUACUGAGAGUGCUGAGCAUGAAGCCAAACCGGCUAUGAUGAUGGAACCUCAGCUUAUGUUAACAGCCGGUCCGUCGAUGGCGUACCCGGGCGUGGCAGCGCAGGCGUCGCCGUACGCGUACGCGGCGCAGGCGCCGUCGCCCGCGCCCUACCACGGCUACGGCAUGUAG